CAGACCAUCACCUCGCCCACGAUGCCUCUCAUUCAUAUUGUGCUCCUCAAGGUCAAGGCCGACAUUUUUGAAAAGGGAAAUGGCAAAGAUGAGCUCGUCGCAAAGUUGGACAGCCUGAAGGAGCUACCCAUCGCUAAGACGAACUGCCAGGAGUUGUCAUGGGGUCCUCCAGUCUAUUCGGAGCGAGCAAAGGGAUGGAAUUACGGUCUCUACACCAAGUUCGCCGACAAGGCCGCCUUCGAGCAAUACCGUGACGAUGAGGGUCACCGCUCGUUCGUGCAGACAGCCAUUACCCCCAACGUGGACGAGGUCAUGGCGUACGAUUUCGAAUACUGAAAGCAACCCCGAUAAGAGGCCAUUGAGGGAGACUUCGUUUGAGGAUCGAAAUGCUAGACGCACGCCAGCCAGUCUGGUUGAGCAAGCCCCAAUCUAUUUCAUGCUUCAGGUUGUCUCCCUUCGCUUUGAUCGCUCUCGAUGAGGUUCAGUCUGAGUCUGUCGUCCUCGUCAAAGUGGGUGGUAGUUGCAGUUGUCGCUCGUAGCUGCCAAGAGCAGAGCCACGUGGCAAUGAGCCAGACCAUAGCAUG